CCUCAACCGAACGGGCCGAUGCUGCAAUAAUCCAGCGUCAGCAUGGAUAGGAUGGCCAGUCUAGAGCCGUUGCUCGGAGCCCUCUUCCUGGAGCCAAACGGACUACACGCUGAUACCAGACACUCUAGGAGGAUGGAAUCGAACCGCAUGGAAUAGUGAGGUAAGUGUGAUUAGCUAGGCAGUCCAGGUCUAACGUAUGUGCUCUUUUCAGACCUUCAGCCCGAAAUCGACUCCUUAAUCGUCCCUACCGAGACAUCGUUCCUUUGCCAGAUAAUCCAUGAUGCUUCAAGCAGACAACUACGCCGUAAUCUGGGUCGAACAAUACCUUCAUACCCUUACGCAACAAUGCCUUCUGGAUCCGCGAUCACUCCGAUGCAGUUGCCAAUGCAAUCCAUCUGCGUCUCGUACUUUGGGCUCUCGUCACCCUCAAUACAAAUAUCUACCUACCUCCGAAAAAGUCCUGCUACAUACACCGCGGUGGGGAGCGCUAGUUGCUAAGGCCUUUCUCUCGCAUGCUAGCAAGGACAAUCCGACAGGCAAGUCAAAGCGAGCGCAUCGUUAUCGCCAGUCAUGUGGAACACGGUUUUCAUGCUGCUCUCUAGUGCGGGGGCACGGUAUGACCCUGGCGAUGAAGCACGAUACGCCUCUUCCAUCCCUUCCGACUGGGGCUCUUGCAUGCCUCCAGAGUCCAGACAGCACCCUGGUACACGUGAAUGUCUUAGUCUCCGCAUCUCGGGCUAGCCUAUCCGUCUUCCCUCAUGUGAUCGCAGCGGAUAAGCAGUACAGUACGUCUGGAAUGACAUCAAAGCGUGAUUCAAACACAACACGGUAUUACAGCCACCUACACAUUUGCAUAGAAAGCUAGCACCAUGUCCGACACCAACAACAGCGCAGCCAUUGCACUAAAGGUCCCGACCAAGUGUGUUGACGCGAACAAGCUGGUUUAUUCGAUUCCGAAGGCGUCCGACACGAAUCUAAUGCCCAAGGGGACGAUGAAGACUGCUGCAGAGUACUACAGGCGAGUCUCG